ACACACUUUCAUAUCAAUAACAACAUUAUCGAGCUUUAUAAUCUUCACUUUGAUUAUUUUUCCAUUCACGAUGUAAAUAAUGUUAUCACUUAAAAUAUCAUUUCAGUCUUCGUACGUUCAUUCCAAAGAAAAGUUUGUUCGUCGUUUAUUCUUGCCUUAAGUUUCAAAGAAAAACAUAAAACUUGAAAUGAAUUCAGAUUUGAUAGAAGAGAGAAAGAAAGUUGCUUUCAACAUUGAAGAAUUCACAAACUGGUAUUAUGGUGGUGCUGAAAAAGUUACAGAGCAGAAGUUUUUUGAAAAUUAUUUUUUAAAUGACCCCGAGUUGAGAGACAAUAUUGCCACCAGCUAUUUAAGUCAUCAAGAACUUUAUGAAGAAUCAAUUAGAAAGGCAACUGUGGUACUUAAAAAGCUUAAACAUCUUCGAAAUCAAGGGUACAAUGACAAAGAUUUGUAUAGCAAAAUACUCGGUGGAACUUUCCAAAAAUACAUAUUCAGAGAAGGAAAUCCUUUAAGUGUUCAUUUUGACAUGUUUAUACCAGCUAUAAAAAAUAUGGCAACUCUAGAACAACAAGCUGAAUGGUUACCGAAGGCUGAAAUUUGCAACAUGAUUGGAGCUUAUGCCCAGACCGAAUUAGGUAAUUAACAUCUUAUCUUUAAUUUCUAAUCAUUUCUUGCUUCGUGGGAAUAUUUGCAAUUGAACGUUAGGUCAUGGAACGUUUGUUCGAGGCUUAGAGACAACUGCUAUUUUUGAUCAAAGAUGUCAACAAUUUGUCAUCAACUCACCAACGAUCACGGCUUACAAGUGGUGGCCUGGCGGUCUUGGUCAUACAGCAAACUAUGCUCUAGUGUUUGCUCAACUUUACACUCAACAAAAGAAUCAUGGAGUUCAUGCUUUCCUUGUUCAGUUGAGAGACGAAGAAACGCACAAGCCAUUGAAAGGAAUCACUAUUGGAGAAAUUGGUACAAAAGUUGGAUUUAAUUCCGUCAACAAUGGCUAUCUUGGUUUCAAGAAUGUUCGGAUUCCAUUGAAGAACAUGUUGAUGAAGAACGCAAAAGUUCUUCCCAAUGGACAGUACAAGAAGUCGCAAAGUGCUUUACUUAAUUAUGGAACGAUGACUUACAUUCGUGUAGGGAUUGUUAUAGAAGCUGCCAGUUUCAUGGCUAAUGCAGCGACAAUUGCCAUGAGAUAUUCAUUGGUUCGUCGUCAAAGUCCAAUCGAACCUGACCAACCAGAACCGAAGAUCAUCGAACACGUCACACAACAAAUGAAAAUCUUUCCAGUCAUUGCUAAAACUAUAAUCUUUAAACAAGCUGCGGAAUUUUUAUGGGGCAUGUUCAAUGAUGUUUCUAAGGAAUUAGAGAAAGGUGACUUGUCGAGACUUCCUGAACUUCACGCACUUUCUUGUUGUUUGAAAGCUAUUUGUUCAAAUGAAGCGACACAAGCAAUUGAAGUCUGUCGCUUGGCUUGUGGUGGUCACGGAUAUUUAACAUCUUCUGGGUUUAACAACAUGUACAAGAUGGUCACAUCAGCACAAACUUAUGAAGGUGAAAAUACGGUAUUACUUCUACAAACAGCAAGAUUCUUAAUAAAAUCAUGGGGACAAGCAUUAAAAGGUGAAAAGUUGACACCAACAGUUGAGUAUUUGAAGCAUUUCGUCUCUAGAAGUGGAGAGACAGUAGCCUGGGAUGGAUCACCGAAUGGAAUAAUUCGAGCAUUCCAAUCAGCAACUGCUGGAAAAGUUGCAUUGGCAUACAAACAUAUCGAAGAAAGAAAGAAAUUUCUCUCACCAGAAGAAGCUGUUAAUCAAACUGGAAUUGAAUUAACGAAAGCAGCUGAACUUCAUUGUCAAUUGUUUCUUCUUCAAUCAGCUUCGACAUCAAUUAAUCAAGCAAUUAAAAAAUUAUCACCAGCGUUGGCUUUUGUAUUGCGUGAUAUUCUGGAACUUUAUGCUGUUGAUCUUGCAAUAAAAUCACUUGAAAGUCUUUUGCAGUUUGUUACCGCAACAUCAGAAGACAUUGAUCGAUUGCAAGUUCGUUUAGAAGCGGCACUCAAGAGAUUCAGAACAAAUGCCAUUGGAAUCGUUGACGGAUUUGAGAUUUCCGAUCUUGUUCUUGGAUCAACACUUGGUGCUUACGAUGGCAACGUCUAUGAAAGAUUGUUAAAUGAAGCAAAAAAGUCGCCAUUGAAUCAAGAAGAUGUCAACAAAUCUUUCCACUUAUAUUUGAAGCCAUUCAUGAAAUCAAACAUGUAAUCAAAAAAAUUUCAAUUUCUUAUCAACAAAAUAAUCUUAAUGGUGAAGGAAUGUUAAAAAUAAAAAAAAAGAUAAGAAUAAGAUUGCUGACAUAAAUAAAUAAAAUUGUCUAAUCUUAAUGAUAAGAUAAAUUUUAAUUUAAUCUUUUUUUUGUAAAUAUUUAUUUAUAAAAAACAAAUGCCAGUGAUAAUGAAAUUUUGUAUGUUAGUCAGUGUGGGACCAACUAGACGACAAGACGUGAUUUAAUUCAAUCUAAUAAAUUCAUAAUGAACGAUCAAAAUAAAGUUAACCAAGAUUUAGAAGACGAACGAAGGAAAAUUUCUUUCAAAGUUGAGGAUUUCACAAAAUGGUAUUAUGGAGGUGAUGAAAAUGUCGAUGAAAAGAAAUUUUUGGAAAAUAUUUAUCAACCAAUUUUCGAACUUAAUAAUUCAAUUGACAUGAGCUACAUGAGUCACAAGGAGAAAUAUGAAGAAGCAAUUCGUAGAGCAACAAUUGUCUUGAAGAAAGUCAAAGAGAUUCAAGCGCAAGGUCAGAGAGGCAAAGACCUUUACAAUAAAGUGUUUGGGAAUUUAGGAAUUACUAGCAUUUUUAGAGAGGGAAGCCCGAUAGGACUGCACUUCAGCAUGUUUUUACCGGCAUUAAGGAAACUUGCAACAGUAGAACAACAAGCUGAAUGGAUUUCCAGAGCAUGGAAUUUGAGUAUUAUUGGGACCUAUGCGCAGACGGAAAUGGGACAUGGGACGUUCAUUAGAGGCUUGGAAACAACUGCAACAUACGACACCAGCACGAAGGAAUUUGUGCUUCAUUCACCGACUAUCACUGCUUACAAAUGGUGGCCUGGAAGUCUCGGCCAUACAGCGAACUACGCAAUCGUCUUUGCCCAACUUUAUACACUUGGAAAGCAUCAUGGACUUCAACCUUUCAUUGUUCAGUUGAGAGAUGAAGAAACUCACAAACCAAUGAAGGGAAUUACGAUUGGAGAACUUGGCAACAAAGUUGGAUUCAACACUGUCAACAACGGUUUCUUAGGAUUCGAUCACGUUCGAAUUCCAUUGAAGAACAUGUUGAUGAAGAACGCAAAAGUUUUAGACAACGGAGAGUUCAUACGGCAAAAGAGUUCAAUUUUGACUUACGGUGCAAUGACUCUUGUACGGGUCCGCAUCGUCAAAGAUCAAGCUUUUUAUUUAUCAAAGGCUGUGACAGUUGCCAUGAGAUAUGCGCUCGUAAGACACCAAAGUCCAAUCGAACCUGAUCAACCAGAACCAAAAAUCAUCGAACAUGUCACGCAACAAAUGAAAAUCUUUCCGUCCAUCACCAAAACCAUUGUGAUGCAAAUUGCUGCAGACAGCUUGAAUCAAAUGUAUUUGGAAGUUAAUCUAGAAGUUGAGAAAGGUGACUUGUCAAGACUUCCUGAACUUCACGCACUUUCUUGUUGCCUCAAAGCAGUUUGUUCGAAUGAAACAGUUCAAGCAGUUGAAGUUUGUCGUCUUGCUUGUGGUGGUCAUGGAUAUUUGAAUUCUUCUGGUUUUAAUGACGUAUUUAAAAUGGUCACAUCAGCACAAACGUAUGAAGGAGAAAACACGGUGUUGCUUCUGCAAACAGCAAGAUUCUUAAUAAAAGCUUAUGAUCAGGCAGUUAAAGGUGGCAGGGUAACACCAUCUGUUUCUUAUUUAACGAAUUAUGUCUCAGGGAGCAACAGCACAAUAGAAUGGAAUGACUUGUCACCUGAGGGAAUGCUUCGUGCAUUGGAAAUUGCAGCUGCUGGGAAGAUUGCGUUGGCAUACAAACAUGUGGAGAUGAGAAAGAAAUUCUGUUCAGCAGAAGAAGCAGCAAAUCAAACUGGCAUUGAACUCACGAAAGCAGCGGAACUUCAUUGUCAAGUUUUCCUGUUGAAAUCUGCCAUCACAUCGUUGUCUGGUGCUGGUCGUUCUACACCAGCAUUGGCAUUGGUGCUCAAAGAUGUUUUGGAAUUAUUUUCAGUUGACUUAGCUGUGCGACUACUUGGAAAUUUGCUUCAGUUUGUUAACAUCAAAUCAGAAAACAUCGAAAAACUUCACUCAAUGUUGGAAAGUUCAUUGAAGAAAUUGAGAUUCAACGCCAUUGGAAUUGUUGACGGUUUUGACAUUCCUGACUUCGUUCUUGGAUCAACACUUGGAGCCUACGAUGGCAACGUCUAUGAACGAUUACUGAGUGAAGCAAAGAAGUCGCCAUUGAACCAAGAAGAUGUCAACAAAUCUUUCCACUUAAAUGCUACAGCAGCACAAACUUAUGAGGGUGAGAACACUGUGUUGCUUCUGCAAACAGCAAGAUAUUUGAUUAAAGCUUAUGGACAAGUUUUGAAUGGUGAGAAAUUACCACCAACAGUUGAAUAUUUGAAAGUUUUCGACACAAAUACCAAAUAUCAAUGGAACGACUUGUCACCUGAAGGAAUUCUUCGUGCAUUAGAAAUUACAGCUGCUGGAAAGAUUGCGUUGGCAUACAAGCAUGUGGAGAUGAGAAAGAAAUUCUGUUCAGCAGAAGAAGCAGCAAAUCAAACUGGCAUUGAACUCACGAAAGCAGCGGAACUUCAUUGUCAAGUUUUCCUGUUGAAAUCUGCCAUCACAUCGUUGUCUGGUGCUGGUCGUUCUACACCAGCAUUGGCAUUGGUGCUCAAAGAUGUUUUGGAAUUAUUUUCAGUUGACUUAGCUGUGCGAUUACUUGGAAAUUUGCUUCAGUUUGUUAACAUCAAAUCAGAAAACAUCGAAAAACUUCACUCAAUGUUGGAAAGUUCAUUGAAGAAAUUGAGAUUCAACGCCAUUGGAAUUGUUGAUGGUUUUGACAUUCCUGACUUCGUUCUUGGAUCAACACUUGGAGCCUACGAUGGCAACGUCUAUGAACGAUUACUGAGUGAAGCAAAGAAGUCGCCAUUGAACCAAGAAGAUGUCAACAAAUCUUUCCACUUACAGUUUAAUAACAAGUUCAAUAUUAAUUCAGUCUUUAAUCGUUUCAAGUCAGAACAAAACACAAAACCUUCUUUGCGAAUUAAAAUGAAUAGAAACAUGAAAGUGAACCCAGAUUUGCAGGAAGAACGUGACAAGAUUUCAUUCAAAGUUCAAGACUUCACAAAUUGGUAUUAUGGAGGCGAAGAAAGCGUGAAGGAAAAGAAGACAAUCGAAAAUCUCUUCUUUUCGAAGCCCGAACUUCAAAUCAAUAAUGACAUGAGUUACAUGAGUCACAAAGAAAAAUAUGAAGAAGCCAUUCGUAGAACAGUUUUGUUAUUGAAAACAAUAAAAGAACUUCAAUCGGAAGGUCAAACAAAUAUCUUCAAUAAGAGAUUUGGUUGGGACACGUUUGAUAGUUUUAUUAAAGAAGGAAGUCCAAUAGCAUUGCAUUAUGGAGUUUUUAUUCCGGCGUUGAAGAAACUUGGAACAGAAGAUCAGCAAGCUGAAUGGAUUUCCAGAGCAUGGAAUUUGAGUAUUAUUGGGACCUAUGCGCAGACGGAAAUGGGACAUGGGACGUUCAUUAGAGGCUUGGAAACAACUGCAACAUACGACACCAGCACGAAGGAAUUUGUGCUUCAUUCGCCGACUAUCACUGCUUAUAAGUGGUGGCCUGGAAGUCUCGGCCAUACAGCGAACUACGCAAUCGUCUUUGCCCAACUUUAUACACUUGGAAAGCAUCACGGAAUCCAACCUUUCAUCGUUCAGUUGAGAGAUGAAGAAACUCACAAACCAUUGAAAGGAAUCACGAUCGGAGAUAUUGGCAACAAAAUUGGACUUAAUACAAUCGACAACGGUUUCUUAGGCUUCGACCACGUUCGAAUUCCGUUGAAGAACAUGUUGAUGAAGAACGCAAAGAUCAUUGAAAGUGGGGAAUUUAUCAGACAAAAAAGUUCAGUUUUAAAUUAUGGAACGAUGACUCUUCUCAGAGUUGGAAUUGUGAAGGAACAAUCAAUUUUCCUUUCGAAAGCUGUGACGAUUGCUAUGAGAUAUGCACUGGUUCGUCGUCAAAGUCCAAUCGAACCUGACCAACCAGAACCAAAGAUCAUCGAACACGUGACACAACAAAUGAAAAUCUUUCCUGAAAUCGCCAAAGUUCUCGCUAUUAAAUCUGCUGCUGAUAAUUUAAAUGAAAUGUACGUGGAAGUCACUUCCGAUAUGGAGAAAGGAAAUCUUUUCAGACUUUCAGAACUUCACGCACUUUCUUGUUGUUUGAAAGCUGUUUGUACAAAGGAAACUUCGUUCGGGGUAGAAGUUUGUCGUCUUGCUUGUGGUGGUCAUGGAUAUUUGAAUUCUUCUGGUUUUAACAUCAUUUAUAGAAAUGCUACAGCAGCACAAACUUAUGAGGGUGAGAACACUGUGUUGCUUCUGCAAACAGCAAGAUAUUUGAUUAAAGCUUAUGGACAAGUUUUGAAUGGUGAGAAAUUACCACCAACAGUUGAAUAUUUGAAAGUUUCCGACACAAAUACAAAAUAUCAAUGGAACGACUUGUCACCUGAAGGAAUUCUUCGUGCAUUGGAAAUCGCAGCUGCUGGAAAGAUUGCGUUGGCAUACAAACAUGUGGAGAUAAGAAAGAAAUUCUGUUCAGCAGAAGAAGCAGCAAAUCAAACUGGCAUUGAACUCACGAAAGCAGCGGAACUUCAUUGUCAAGUUUUCCUGUUGAAAUCUGCCAUCACAUCGUUGUCUGGUGCUGGUCGUUCUACACCAGCAUUGGCAUUGGUGCUCAAAGAUGUUUUGGAAUUAUUUUCAGUUGACUUAGCUGUGCGAUUACUUGGAAAUUUGCUUCAGUUUGUUAACAUCAAAUCAGAAAACAUCGAAAAACUUCACUCAAUGUUGGAAAGUUCAUUGAAGAAAUUGAGAUUCAACGCCAUUGGAAUUGUUGAUGGUUUUGACAUUCCUGACUUCGUUCUUGGAUCAACACUUGGAGCCUACGAUGGCAACGUCUAUGAGCGAUUAUUGAGUGAAGCAAAGAAGUCGCCAUUGAACCAAGAAGAUGUCAACAAAUCUUUCCACUUGUACUUAAAACCUUUCAUGAAAUCAAAUUUUUUCGCUUUGCUUGUUCUCUUUACAAGACAUAAAUUUGGAAUUCUCUCAAGAAAAUAUUUAAAAAUGAGUAGCACCACGAAAGUUAACCGAGAUUUGCAAGAUGAAAGAGAGAAAGUCACGUUUAAUGUUGAGGAAUUCACAAAUUGGUAUCACGGAGGUGCACAGAAUGUCAAAGAUAAGAAGUCGAUUGAAAAUUUUUUCCUGUCGGAUCCUGAACUUCACGACACCAUUGACAUGAGUUACAUGAGCCACAAAGAGAAAUAUGAAGAAGCAAUUCGACGAACAACUGUGAUGUUAAGGAAAUUGAAAAAAAUGCAGUCCGAAGGUCAAGGAGAUAUUCUCAAUACGGCUUUGGGCUGGACAGUGUUUUCUAGUCUUCUGAAGGAAGGAAGUCCAAUAGGUUUACAUUAUGGAAUGUUUUUACCGGCUUUGAAGAAACUUGGGACAAUUGGGCAACAAUCUGAAUGGAUUUCCAGAGCAUGGAAUUUGAGUAUUAUUGGGACCUAUGCGCAGACGGAAAUGGGACAUGGUACGUUCAUUAGAGGCUUGGAAACAACUGCAACAUACGACACCAGCACGAAGGAAUUUGUGCUUCAUUCGCCGACUAUCACUGCUUAUAAGGUGAUUUGA